CCAAUUCGACGCUCCAAGAGGACUCCUUCGUCCCGAAGAAAAGCACCCCUAACAGAUCACCUAAUACUACGCAAUCGAAAAAAUCCAGUGAACGAGAACUCAAGCUCUCCACCCCACGCCGAGCUCAGAUCUAAAGCUUCUCCUCGAUCAUCACGCCCUGCGGAUGGCUCUCGAAUGGGUGGUCCUCGGGUACGCCGCCGGCGCUGAGGCGAUCAUGGUGCUCCUCCUGACCCUCCCGGGCCUCGACGGCCUCCGGAAGGGGCUUGUCGCCGUCACGCGCAACCUCCUGAAGCCGUUCCUGUCGGUGGUCCCCUUCUGCCUCUUCCUCCUCAUGGACAUCUACUGGAAGUACGAGACCCGCCCCAAAUGCGAGUCCGACGCGUCCUGCACCCCGUCCGAGCACCUCCGCCACCAGAAGUCCAUCAUGAAGAGCCAGCGCAACGCCCUCCUGAUCGUCGCCGCCCUCGUCUUCUACUGGCUCCUCUACUCCGUCACCCACCUCGUCGUGCGGAUCGAGCAGCUCAACCAGCGGGUCGAGCGGCUCAAGGCCCGCGAUUGAUUAGGUACUCGCCUCUCGAGUUGAAUGGACUUUUCCUAAGAUCGUGUUCCUAGGUUUGUCCCUUUUUGGUUUUUCGAUUUUGUUGUCUGAAUGCGCUCGGUGAUGUUCCCAUAUUUUCUGGAAAGAUCUUUCGAUAUGGAAUCCGAUUAUAAGUCUCUGUUGAA